AUGGCAAAGACAAGAAGAACUAACCUUGAAGACCAUCAGUCCGAAGAUGAGCACCCGUCCGGGGCAGACAAUGCCGAGACGGUAGAAGAGACAAACUUGACCGACAUGGUGCGCCAAAUGAAGGAAGACAUGGCCGCCAUGAAACAGCAACGGGAGAGAGAUGCUGCUGAGAUGGCUGCGUUGCGAGAGGAGAAUGCUGCCCUCAAAAAUCAGUACCGGGAUCCCACAUGGAAACCCUCUGAGACGACCCACACUCAGGGGUCGUUCCAUUCGCACGACCAUCACACCUCUAUCCCUCACACUUCUGUUGCUGCCCCAGCUGUCCAUGCUUCGGUCAGCCGGUCGGUACAACCGAUGCCGGCCGGAGCACACCGACACCCCUUUACCCCAAACAUCAUGCAGUCUGCACUUCUUGACCAUUGGAAGUCCUUACCCCUAGACAAGUAUGAUGGUACCACCGACCUAGAUGAGCACGUCGAUGUGUUCUUAACUCAAGUUACUCUAAGCACUACUGAUGACGCCGCCUUGUGCCGAAUCUUCCCAACAUCAUUAAAAGGGCGAGCACUGAGUUGGUUUACCCGGCUUCCUGCUAAUUCGGUUGACUCGUUCAACAUGUUAGCCUCCCAGUUCACCAUUCAGUUCGCUACAAGCCGGCCCCACCAGUUGACCUCUUUGGCACUAGUUAGCAUCCGUCAGGAGAAAAAGGAGUCCCUUCGGGCGUUCAUGAGCCGAUUCAACAAAGCGGCCCUUGAAAUCCGAGACCUGAACCUUGCUGUAGCUCUGCACCACCUCACCACCGCCUUGAAACCGGGGCCUUUCGCCAACAACAUUUGUAAGAAACCCCCUACUGACAUGGAUGACUUGCGUCGGCAAGCCGACAAAUACAUGCAGAUGGAAGAAUUGGCUGAGUUCCGGAACCAAGCCCGAGCGGAGGUGUUGGCAAAACCUGACAAACCGGCUGAGACUAAUUUCCGAAGUCGUCCGAAAGAGCUGAUUCCUCGCGAGAAGCCUCCUCGCGGUCCGAGAUACUCACAAUAUACGCCACUCAAUACAAGCAGAUCGGCCGUCCUAGAGCAAGCACUUGCCUCAGAGGUGCUAGCAGUCCCAAAGCGAGCUUCGACCCCUCCCAGGGCUGAUACAACAAAGUCUUGCAGAUACCACCGUAAUCGGGGGCAUUCCAUAGAGGAAUGCGCGGCUUUGAAAGACAAAAUUGAAGACUUAAUCAAGCAGGGGCAACUGCAAGGCUUCAUAGACCGACCGACCUCAUCCCGACACGCCGACUGGUCUCGGCGACAUGAUCAUCCUGAGUAG